UCACAGCCCCUAUUAAUAUGUAAUCCCCAUAUUAAUAUGUAAUCCCAUUAUCGUAAAUUGGACCAGCUUUUACUAGCGUGCUGUUACUCUGGAUUCUGGCUUAAUGCCACAAGAAACAUAAAUAGCUUUGUGCCGUCUUUCCACCUCCCCGUAUGCCAUUGCCCUUUCUGAUUAGUUCCUUCAGCGCUUUCACUUCCUGCAUAUGUUCGCAGCACUUCCCUUUCUGAUCACGUGACGUUAGCGAUUACAUUGGACAGUUUGGUAAGAGGAAGUAGACGCUGCUGUGGUGAAGGCAGGCUUUAGCAGGUGAUUUGUCGCUAGCCUAUGAGCAGUAAAUGAGAAGAAGAAAUCCAAAUGGAAAGAUGACCACUCUGACACGUCAAGAUCUGAACUUUGGACAGGUUGUUGCAGAUAUAUUAUGUGAAUUUCUGGAGGUGGCUGUUCAUCUAAUUCUUUAUGUCCGAGAGGUUUAUCCUAUUGGAAUCUUCCAAAAGAGAAAGAAAUAUAAUGUGCCAGUACAGAUGUCAUGUCAUCCUGAAUUGAAUCGUUACAUUCAGGACACUCUUCACUGUGUUAAACCACUCAUUGAAAAGAAUGAUGUGGAGAAAGUGGUGGUAGUUAUUCUAGAUAAGGAACACCAUCCUGUGGAGCGAUUUGUCUUUGAAAUUGCACAACCACCCUUGCUUUCUAUCAGUUCUGACUCUCUGUUGUCUCACGUUGAGCAGUUACUUCGUGCCUUUAUCCUGAAGAUUAGUGUCUGUGAUGCUGUCUUAGACAACAAUCCCCCAGGCUGUACAUUUACUUUACUUGUUCACACUAGAGAAGCUGCUACACGGAAUAUGGAGAAAAUUCAAGUUAUAAAGGACUUCCCAUGGAUUCUGGCAGAUGAACAAGAUGUACACAUGCAGGAACCUCGACUUAUACCACUGAAGACAAUGACCUCUGAUAUAUUAAAGAUGCAGCUUUAUGUAGAAGAGAGAGCCCAGAAGAGUACCUGAUGUCAACAUCUUUAUUGAUAUUCAUGCUACUGCAGUCAACCAGUGCCGAAGUUUAUCAUCAACAACACUCAUCAAGCCAUUAGACCAAACUGUGAAUAUAUUUACAGAAUGGUUCAGGGCCGUGUAUUUUUUCAGAAUGGCAGGAGAUGAGGCUAGAUCUUGUUAAUAAGUAUUUUGUUUAAAUACUAUGCUGCUUGUCUGUUGUGUGUAAGUGCUACAGUGAAUAAUAUUUUAUGUACAUUUUAAGGAGAUCCUUCCUAGGGCACUGACUUUUGCCUUAGUUUUUCAUGGUGACAGACAAUUACGUUAAAGGCACAGUUUUACCUCUGAUGUACUGGCCUAAAUGAUGUACCACUGUGCUUAAUAUUUAUUAAAGCACAGUCCUAUGUCUGUGAUAUUGCAAAAGACACUAGAUACAAUGUAUGUCUGUUGAAAUCUCUGUGGAACAAAUUAAUAAGGCUAGGACAUCUUCUACAUUAGAAGUGUAUAUUACUACAUUAAAAAGUGAUUUAGUGGUAAAAGGGAUUUCUCCACAAACCUUCAGGGUAAAAUGAUGUGUCUCCACUGAUGCAUAUGGCAUAUACCUCACCUUGUGAGUAGAUAACAUCUGUCUUGAUUGAGAGUCAGGGUAUGUGUGGUGGCCCCAAAUAAGUGUGCAUAAGCAAAACCCAAAGGCAAAGGAUCUAGACAAUAGUAAACAAUCUUUCAGGCAUGGGACUGCCUUAACACAAUUUAAAAACAACCAAUUUUCCUAAAUUUCCAUUUUUUUGCAGCAUGUUUUUGAUCCAGACAUCAAUUCCUAUACCGUUCAACAUGAAGAUAGUAAUAAAAGCAUUGUCAUGCAUACACAAAAAUAAACUGCUCUUCUUUAGAGUGAUUUUGAAGCGCUAAGAGUUGGGUUCCCCAAACUUCUGCUAUACACAUUUCAAGUGGAAGCUGCAGUAGAAGAAUCGGGGAACAGAAUGAUUUGUGAAAGUGCAGCUUUCAUUGGCUAUCUGCACUACUAUUCACUGGCUGUGUAGCAUAUGGGGCUGGCUCAAGCCAAGGCACACAAGGCAAUUUAGUUAUAUAGAAGCCUAUGUGCAAAGGUGUCUGAGUGGGCAUAGCUGUGUAACAUAUGCAGUCCCAAGCUAAUGAAAGCUUCUGUGCCAUAUCAAAUUUGAACAUCGAUUUUUAAAUUACAGAGAUCACAGUAAUCCUUUACUAUGCUUCACCUAAAAAGAUGGCAUAGACCUAACAGCAUAGAAGACUGAGAGUGUAAAGUUGACUUUUAAAUAUUUAAAAAACAUGUUACUUGUUAUUUAAUACACAUAUAAUAUUUUUUUAAUAAACCUUUAAUAAAAUAUUCCUUCACUGAAAAAAGUGUAUACUUGAUAAAUUGAUCCUCAUUCAUUUAGAUCAUUACAUAUAGCACUAACAUAUUCUGCAGGGCUUCAGUCCCUGCUCUGUUAACCUGCCUGUAUGUUUUUGGAGUGUAGGAGAAAAAACGUGUAUCUGGAGGAAACCUACAUAAAUUUGUUGCAUAAAGUAGCCUUACUGGAACCAUAAGGACCCCAGGACUGCACUCUAGCAAUGUCAAACAUUGCAAAACCAUAAUUCCUAAGUUCUGUGGUCAGGCACUCUACUGUGGCUCAUAUUAGUGGGGGAUUCACAGAUAUGGUAUUAGCCUGAAUUAUUUUUGAUUAUUUAACUAUAAUCUAUAUAAUCUAAACUAUAAUCCUAUUUUUAUUUUAUGCAAGCAAAAUGGAGUUUACUUUUUCUUUUUCCAAUUUUACUUUACUACACGUUUAUUAAUAACCCUUAAUGUCUUUGAUAUCACUUUAGUCUUUCACAUAAGUAAUUUUAAAUCAGUCUAUACUAUUAUUUAAAUGGGAAAUUCAUCUUAGAACUUACAUUUAGGAUGAUUAUUGUUCCCCUGUAUAGUGGCCAGAAAUUCAGAGCUAAGAGUGCUGUUGGCAGCUGCCAUCUUUGGAUGCUUCAGUUUCCUGCUUGCCUUGUCUUGAUCAGCAGCCAGAUGCGUGCAUGUGAUAUCAUGUCAGGAUCAAAAUUGCUAGGGCUUUUUGUGCAUUAGUUAGCAUUUACCUCACCCUCUAAGGCAUAUUGCAAAUGUAACAUUUUAUGUUCAUUCUAAGAAUUAUUAAAAACAUAAAAUCAAGCAACUUUCCAAUAUACUAUUAGAUUUUCAAUAAUCUUAAAGUUAUCUGUAUAUGAAAUUGCAACUGAAAGCAGUUUCUGCCUAUCCUUUUCUAUUCCCUUUAUUACAAUGUAAAAUAAAUUGAUUCUUCUCCA